AUGUAUGCACCUUACGAUCGUAAUCGUAAAGCUUCGGUCAAUGUUGGCACAAUAUUAGACGAUGUGACACAUCAGUUCAAGGGCAAAAAUGAGCUAGGUGUGUUGAGGGAAUAUUGCCGCAAAUAUGACGUGGAGAAGAUUUACCAAACCUACAUGGCGCGCCUGCUAAGAAUACAAUUGACCACCUUUUUGACGGUACUCAUCACCAUAACGGUCAUCUACUGUGUGCUGUUGGUCAAUUCUGACGAGGCGGCAACUGACAUAUCAAUUUAUAUGGUAUUCACGAUUUUGUCUGUCGUGGUAAUUUAUAUAGGCAUAUGGAAGCGGGCGAUUACGAAAUUUGCUUGGAUUAUUUAUGUAGCAGUUCUGUCAAUAAUAUUUCUUACGGCAAUGGAUAUAACCGUGCCGGUGUUUCAUGCCGUCACCCGUUAUGAGAUCUUUGUGCCGAUAUUUUAUAGUUUCAUUAUCUAUUCAGUUUACAUAUAUAUGCCGUUUUUUAAUCAUCGUCAUCCAUUCAUUUUGGGCGUUACAAUAUCACUGUGUUAUGUUGUAUUAUUCCUGACGAUAACGCAUCGCAUGAAAGUUGAUGGCGGCACCAAUAUGGACGAAGAGAAAAUCAUAUCGGAAAUCAUGUUUAUGGUGGGGCUCAACUUAUUGGGUUUAUUUUUUCGCUUACCACGUGAAAUAGUGAUAAGGCAAACCUUCAUAGACAAGCGUGAGUGUGUCGAAGAGGAUCUUCUGCUCCAUGCUGCCAAAACUCAAGAGAAAAUAUUACUACUAAGCAUGAUACCGGCACCAAUUGCUGAUAAAAUAGAGGAGGAUAUAAAAUUGCGUUUAACACGCACGAGUUUAACUUCGCGCAGACGCUCGUCUUUCCAGCGAGAAGCAGAAUUGUUAUAUAGAAAACUCUUCAUUGAAACACACGACGAUGUGACAAUACUCUACGCUGAUAUGGUCAACUAUACCAAACUAACCACAACUGUGGAUGUGAAAACACUGGUGGAGACGCUACACGAUCUCUACGUUAGAUUUGAUGAUGCAGCGCUGGAUUUGGAUGUGCUGAGAAUACAGUUUUUGGGCGAUUGCUACUAUUGUGUGGCGAAUGUCUCGAUACCCAAUGAGGAUCACGCCAAUGCUUGUGUGCGUCUUGGUCUACGCAUGAUACAGGAGAUCCACACGGAGCGCGAUACCAGGGACUUGGAAAUGGACAUACGCAUUGGCGUGCAUUCGGGUAGCGUGUUAUCGGGCGUGAUUGGCGCCACUAAAUGGAAAUUCGAUAUUUAUUCGAAAGAUGUUGAGAUCGCUAAUCGUUUGGAGAAUACCGGCGUACCCGGUCGUGUACACAUUAGCGGUGAAACACUCGAACGUUUAGAUGAUGAAUUCCAAUAUGAAGAUGGUACAGAGAAGGCCAUCAAUGAUCCACUAUUACAACAACACAGCAUACGUACGUAUCUGAUUAUACCGCCUCCAAUGACUAAAUAUAGGGAGACGAUAUCAAAUAAUACACUGAUGAGUAGGUUUUCGUUUCUGAAGGGCUCACCACUGGGAUCGGCAGCGGAUCUGAAAACCGUUUAUUCCGGUGACAUAAUACAAAGAAUGGUGGAUAUGGAGAUGCGCCGGGAGAGUACGAGCAUUCCGGUCGAAACUUUACAAAACUUAACCACUCUAACUCUUAAACCAUUAUAAUCAUUUCCGAUUUCCAGAUUCCAUCGCAUAUUCUUCGGAAAAUCGCGACAUCUCACGCGUUUCGAGCGAGAAGAGCACAACUUUCGUAUGAAUUUCUCCUGGUGGUUUAUGUGUUUCAAGAAUUGGCGCUGGGAACACAACUACAUGCUCCAACCGGAUAUUAAACUUAAGUACAGCGUGCUGGUUUCAUAUAUAAUUAUUUUGUGUACAAUUGCCAUGCAGGCCAUUAAUGCCAAACAAAGCCUAAAAUUUUGGGUCUUAGUGGCUAUUGGAAAUAUAUUGAUGUUGUUAGUUCUGGGCUUGGUCUGGUACAAGAAAUUGUGGGAGAUCUGUCGAAAAAAUUGGUUUCACAUGAAACCGCGCAAUAAAGUCAGUCGUUGGAUUUAUGGACUUUCCGAAUUCACGCAAAGGGUCUUCAAUGUACGCAUUUGCAUUUAUUUGGGCAUUUUAAUGUUACAGUUAAGUUAUACACUAAUACAACUGUUAGAUUGCGAUCGCUUUCAAAUUGAAAAUCAGGAAAUCGAGAUUCUGCUUUUUGAGGAUGGCACCCGGGAUAUACUGUGCUUCAAUACUUGGGCUGUCACCGAGUGCAUUAUUAUGAAUCUGUUUCUAAAUUUCCUAUUCUCGGGCAUAACUUAUAUUAUUAAAAUAGCUGUUGGCCUAUUCACACUCAUUAGUUACAUAAUUAUCGUAACGGUUUUGUAUGACUUUGUCUACGAACGCAGCCUGAGUUGUAAUACUCAUCUUUAUCCCGAAUAUUCGCAUAUAUUUGUGUCCGUCCUGACGCUCAUCGUAAUCAACAUGAUCAGUCGGCAAAAAGAGUUCAUUUCCAGGGUGGAUUAUUAUUGGAAACGAGAAUUGAAGAAAAAACAAGAAAAUGCUAAACUAACAAAUGAGACGAUUUCCCGAUUGGUCAGUAAUAUUUUGCCAUCGCAUAUAGUCGACAUUUAUAUGGACAAUCAGUUGACCAACAAGCUUUACUACGAGGAAUACUCGAAUGUGGCUGUCAUCUUUGCGACCAUACUGAAUUUCGACAUUGAAGUUGUCGGCAUGCGAGUUUUGAACGAAAUCAUUUGCGAUUUCGAUGAAGUGUUAAGCUCAUUCAAAGGCGUGCAUAAAAUUGAGAAAAUCAAAGUCGCCGGCUGGACGUAUAUGGCGGCCUGUGGGCUGAAUACCACCGGCACAGGGCAUAGAGGCUCGCUAGAACAGCGCGCGAGUGCUUUCUCAUUCGCCUACAAUUGGCGUAGAGAUCAUUUGGGUAAGCAAAUUUUUGAUUCCAACAGGACAGCAAACAUUAGUGACUUAUUUGGCGCUGUUGCGGAUAAGUCUUCAACGACCGGCGGCACCACUCGACGCCGAUCGGUGCGCAUGUUCAAUGAUGGCGAGGAGCCGAUCACCGAUGACGACGUCGUUUACGUAAUGGCGCGCUUUGGUUUGAGUCUGUUGCGUGCCAUGGACAAUUUCAACAAAAAUAAUUUCUAUCACGACAGCGAAAGUCAAGUUAUUGGCGAUUUACGCAUUGGUAUAGCGAAUGGUCCCGUUAUGGCCGGUGUCGUUGGCUUAUUUAAGCCGCAUUAUGAUAUAUGGGGUAAUGCUGUGAAUAUGGCGGCGCGCAUGGACUCCACUGGCGUGGCUAACCUAAUUCAAGUCACUGAGGAAACGGCCAACAUUUUGACACUUCACAACAUCCAUUGUGUGUACAGAGGCGUAACAUUUGUUAAAGGACGCGGUUCCAUACCGACAUAUUUCAUCGAUAUUGAUGAUCGUUUGCAAUUUAGAAAGUCGACAAUAGAAGAAACCGAUAUCGAUCCAUUAUAA